AAAUUCGUCAUGUAGUGCGAAAUGACAAUGAAAAUGCAGCAUCGAUGCAUGGUCCACUGAAAUCCAUGCAUUGCUUCGGCAUCCAACUCCGCGGGAGGCCUUAAGUUCGCCUUUAUCAGGAGCGCUGAGAAAGUUCGGCAAAAAAUGGAAAGACGAGAUACGGCGAGAUGUGUCAGAGUAGCUCGAAUCCAGAGUUUUUAAUGAUUAUUGAACUCGUACAAUGAUAAAAUAUGAGUCGCUUUCGCUUGCGUAUGUGCUUCAUCAUGUUGGAGUUUCCUUGCUGCUCUCGCUAGCUAUGUUGGAUGCUGGAUCUUGUUACCAUUGGCAAAUCGCUUUCGUUUGUCCACUUAAACCCGGCGGCUCUCGUUUUUAUACCGUAUACUGGCACGACUGAAAACCGAGGCCAUACAGGGUGCGAGCGUGCUACUGUGAUUUCAAAGGCGGGCUUAUCCUACUGAUUCAAACGAUCAAUACCGAUGCACCGAAUGCACUUUGCACUGGCUGUACUCGUACUGUGCGACUCUUUUAUAACCUUGACGUCAUGCCGGGCGGAGUUGGAAGUCACCGCAUGAGCCAGCUAUGAAAUGGAAACAACUGGAUCCCUGUUUCCCGAGCGUCGAUGACAAAUCCAGAACAUAGUCAUGACUCAUAGAUUUUCAUUGUGGUCAGCAAGAGAACGGGAUCGACGAAGCUACCAAGGAACAGUUCCCGUGUUCGGCAAUUUUUGAAGGACCUAGUUAUUUUUUUCUGGACAUAAAUUUUAGGAGUCAGUGUUUGUCAUGUUCACACGCUAAGUACUGUAGUAUACUCUCGCGUCCCACACUCUCGGGAAUUUGGCAAAUGUAGAGCAUAAUAUAGAACGAUAAUGUAGCGAUAGAAAUUAGAUGUACCGCCAGUAGGAGUGUUAAUUGCCUUUCUCUACCGUUUAUUGGUUGUUGUGUUAUGAGGAUCAGAAUCCUAGUUUUCCUACUUUCACCGACCGCAUCUCACGGUCAGAAACAUCUUGAAAUUAGUCUUGCUGCAGCUUGCUCCGAAUCUUGCUAACGCGCCUUCCGCGCUUCUUGCUCAACGCUUAUGCGUCUUGCUCCUCAGCUUGCGUUGCUCGCCGAAUCUUGCUAGUGUACUUGCUAAUAAACUCAUGCGAUGACCUUGUGUUGUGUUGCGUAAUCGCCAUGGGAUGAUCGUGCAUCUCCCAUCAUUGCCACCAUGUAAACGGUAGUCAGCUUCCGGUCAGCAUCGCUGCCGACCGUGCCAGCCUUUCCCACACUAACAGCCGACAGAUCGUGGUAAGGUGGAUUAACCAACCCACUAGAACAGCAGUCAAACCGGCUGCUGUUACAUGGCGCUCCUGGUUUCCGAACCAACCCGACAGGAUACCAGGAAGCCGACCGACGCCAUCAUUUUGCCAGUUGUCGUUCAACCCGGUUGAGAUUACAACGGCUAACCAACGGGAUGAUGACUACGACUACAAUAGUCAUCGGUCAGUACGUGCACAACGCCACUAUGCACCUGACCAGCAAAAUAUUACAAUGGAACGUGGUUUUGACCGUUACCGCGACGCCGACGACUAUCGAUACGAGCACCACACUCCAAAGCAAAGGAACUGUUCCCAAAAUUACCGAAGAAUCCAUCCUCGACAUAUCGACUUCGACAGCUACAGACUGAAGAAUGGAAAGCUAUUUUGCCCGAAAUGCAAAGAUUUCCUGCAUUCAUAUCGAGAAUGCACAGAAGCCGACUACGACGAUAAAUACAGUAUUCAACGCAUAUGCCCGGACCAUGUCAAAGCCAGAGUACAAACUGCAUAUGACGACUACAUCUCCUACAUGCUCUGGAAAUAUGGAGACGACUUUUGGUUCACCGCUCAAGGAAAACGGAUGAGACGUUACGGAAAAGGAGGUCCAUAUGGACGUGACUACGUUCCACCUGUCUGCUACACUGAAGCCGAAGUUAAAUUAUAUAACCCUCAACGGGAUGCCACUACACCACGAAGUACACGAACAUUAGGCCAGCGUGUACGGAUGCCGACUGUGCAUUUCAAUGUGUCCGAACCGCUAAUUCCUCGGACACCGUACAUUAAAACUGAUCGCCGUCACUCUUCCAGUGCGAGUCCAAGUUACAACAAUGACUCACAGUAUCAGCCCACUACGUCAACACCAGAACCUUUGGAAACAUUAAGCCCUACACCGCUCGCCGGCACCAGGAACAACCCGCCGCCACUUUCCAUCAUAAAGUCUACAGUGGACACAAUGGAUGCCACCGUGACCGCUUCGCCGUCUCGCCGCGACCAGCCGACGUUGCGAAAAGUUAAUUCGAAAGCAUCGUUAUCACCGCUGAAUACAACAAGACCUGAAGUGCUAACGCCAUCCAGCUGCACUUCCUCUGAUUCAUGCAUCUCACCUUCCGAUUCUGAAUCGCCGGUAAAUGAUCCCUACAAACCGCAACCGGCAUGCGAUUUAACCAGUUGUACAAUGGAAAACAUUAAAACGGAGAAAGCCGGUACACCACAAAACGGCUAUGAUUUCGUCACAAUCCCAAAUGUGCAUAAAAUUAAAACUGCAAAUGCACCCAUGUCAUCAUUACUGCGCCAUUUCCGUGCUACACCAUGCCACCGGAUACAAGCGGAAAAUUUUCGGAUACCGUGAGGGACACAUUCCCAUACACGCCACACCAGCCCGCCACCGUCCACCUCGAUCGCAGAAUCCCGAUCGCCUAACAUUAGCCAUUUCCGUGGAAGAUUAACGGAACAACUUUGGAUCCGCCACGUUUAC